AUGUGGCUCUAUGCUUUGGGUCUGAUCUCUCUCACUGCUGGCUUGAGUCUGGGACACCCCUCCUCACCACCUGUGGUGAACACUGUUCAGGGCAAAGUUCUGGGGAAGUAUGUCAGCUUGGAAGGAUUCAAACAGCCUGUGGCCGUCUUCCUGGGAGUCCCCUUUGCCAAGCCCCCUCUUGGAUCUCUGAGGUUUACUCCACCACAACCUGCAGAGCCCUGGAGCUUCGUGAAGAACACCACUUCCUACCCUCCUUUGUGCUACCAAAACCCAGAGUCAGCACAGACGAUCGCUGAGCUCUUCACCAACAGAAAAAAGACCAUUCCGCACAAGUUUUCCGAGGACUGUCUCUACCUCAAUAUUUACACUCCUGCGGACUUAACAAAGAACAGCAGGUUGCCUGUGAUGGUGUGGAUACACGGAGGUGGACUUGUGAUAGAUGGAGCAUCUACCUAUGAUGGACUGCCUCUGGCUGCCCAUGAAAAUGUGGUUGUAGUGGUCAUUCAGUAUCGCCUGGGUAUCUGGGGAUUCUUCAGCACAGAGGAUGAACACAGCCGGGGCAACUGGGGUCACUUGGACCAGGUGGCUGCACUACGCUGGGUCCAGGACAACAUUGCCAACUUUGGGGGCAACCCAGGAUCUGUGACCAUCUUUGGAGAGUCGGCAGGAGGUGAAAGUGUCUCUGUUCUUGUAUUAAGCCCCCUGGCCAAGAACCUCUUCCACAGGGCCAUUGCUCAGAGUAGUGUCAUUUUCAAUCCUUGCCUGUAUGGGAGAGAUGCUAGACCCUUGGCUAAGAAAAUUGCUGCUCUUGCUGGCUGUAAAACUACCACAUCAGCUACCAUGGUUCACUGCCUGCGCCAGAAGACAGAUGAGGAGCUCUUGGAGGUCUCGCUGAAAAUGAAAUUUGGAAGUGUUGAUUUUCUUGCAGACCCCAGAGAGAGCUAUCCCUUCCUCCCUACUGUGGUUGAUGGAGUGUUGCUUCCAAAGGCACCAGAAGAGAUUCUGGCUGAGAAGAGUUUCAAUGCUGUCCCUUACAUGGUGGGCAUCAACAAGCAUGAGUUUGGCUGGAUUAUCCCAAUGUUUUUGGGCUUCCCACUUUCCGAAAGAAAACUGGACCGGAAGACAGCUGCAUCCAUUCUGUGGCAGGCCUAUCCCAUUCUUAACGUCUCUGAGAAGUUGAUUCCAGCAGCUAUUGAGAAGUAUUUAGGAGGGACAGACGACCCUGUCACCAUGACAGACCUGUUCCUGGACUUGAUUGGAGAUGUUAUGUUUGGUGUCCCAUCUGUAAUCGUGUCCCGUAGUCACAGAGAUUCUGGAGCCCCAACCUACAUGUAUGAGUUUCAGUAUCGCCCAAGUUUUGUGUCUGACAAGAGACCCCAGACAUUGUUAGGAGACCACGCUGACGAACUCUUCUCUCUAUGGGGAGCCCCAUUUUUAAAAGGGGGUGCUUCAGAAGAAGAAAUCAAUCUCAGCAAGAUGGUGAUGAAAUUUUGGGCCAACUUUGCUCGGAAUGGGAACCCUAAUGGUGAUGGGCUGCCUCAUUGGCCAGAGUAUGACCAGAAGGAAGGAUACCUUCAGAUUGGAAUCCAAGCACAGGCAGCCCAUAGGCUGAAAGACCAGGAAGUGAAGUUUUGGACUGAGCUCAAAGCCAAGGACACAGCAGAGAGGCCAUCCCAUAAGGAACAUGUUGAACUGUGAUCAGGAGACCCA